GACGGCGCGUUCUUUCGCCAUUGUAGUUACAAUGUUUCGGCAGGGUCAAGACCCCAAUGGGAAGAAGUCUCUAAGCCUGAACAAUGAAUCGAAUAAGAUUUUAUGGAAGUGUACUCAACCAAAUUGUCAAGGCUUUGUCUCUCGCACAGACCACAAAUGUAGCAUGUGUAAGAAACCCUUUAGUUUCCCCAACACACUGACAUCGAUAAGUAAAGGGGAGUCUUUAAAUGGAACUACAAAUGAUACACUACCUGUAAAAAGGCCAAGAACUAUUAGUGACAGUCACCUUGUUCCGCUUAAUAUUUUCAGCAUUGGAAGGUCGGGAAUUUUCGAUGGCCGUUCAGAGGACUGUUGCAUUACUUCCUCUUCAAUCUUGUGCAGAGUUAAAGUUGAAGGUGUUUGGACUAGCCUCAGUAUUCAUGCCAACGACAUCGAGACGCUUGUAUUCUGUGAAACUCUUCAAGUGUUAUUUCUGAAGCCAUACGACUCAUACAAAUCACAGCUCUCAGACUGCCUGAAGCUCAGAGACUUUGUUUUACCUAACGUCAAAUGGCUGGUUUACGUGUUUCGAGAACCUGCCACAAGCGAACCUCCUUAUGUAACUGUGAGUAAUCUUGAAGGUUUGGCCAACAAAGUUGAAAGAAUUGGUGUCUGUGAUAUGCAGUGUAGCUCAGAAAAGGCUAGGGAGAUUCUUUCUAGCUGUGGUCUUCGUCUCCCGCGUUCUGAGCUGAAAAGGACUGAUAGAGGAGGAUCUACUGAACCUUCAUCAAUUGUAAAUCGAAUUGUUCAAGACCAAGCUUCUGCUGAUUCGCAUUAUUCUGUGGAACCUAGUUCAUCCCAGACAGUGAAACAUGUAAAUGAAGGUGGCUUAUUAACUAAUGUGAUAAAUACUCUUACGAAUAACGGCUACCAGUUGAAAAUGAAUUCUGGCUCUGGAACGCAGGAAAGCAACGUAAAUUGUAGAGGAAACUCGGAAACAAAUGAAUUAGACGAGGAAUGUGACGACUUAAUCAUAAUACAUGAAGAAAAUACGUCUAAUUUGACUACUGCUCAACCUCCUAGUGAUAAUGUGCCAGCAGAAUCGACUACGAAUGGUGACGAAGAAUCCUUUAAAUUUGAUUACAAACCUGCUGGAUCUAUUGAUGGCAUAACAUUGACAGAAUGUGAUCUUGAGUGUCUCAAGCCUGGAGCUCUUAUCAACGAUGCAAUAAUCAAUUUCUAUCUGAAAUACUUGUACUUCGAGCAAUUGACAGACUUCCAGAGACAAGCUACUCAUGUCUUCAAUGUGUUCUUCUACAGUCGGUUAACAGCAGCAGCAGCAGGCGGCGGCGGCAAUGUAUCAUCAUCAUCAGUUGAUACGCACAACUCGACAGUCACAGAAGCCACGACAACAGAAAUGAUUCUUGCCCGACACGCCAGUGUAGCCAAGUGGACACGUCGAGUUGAUCUUUUCAGUAAGGAUUAUAUCAUUAUUCCAAUCAAUGAAAGUUCCCAUUGGUUUGUUGCUCUCGUCUGUUAUCCUUGGAUGGCGGGAAUGGUCAGUUAUACAGCCCUGUAUGAUGAAGAAGUUUAUCAUCUGUGCCAAUUAACCGAAGAAUUCACUGAUGUCGACAAUAUUGAAUUCUCAGGGGAUGCACACUCGUUGAAUAUCGGUGAAGAAGUGAUUCAAAGGUUACCUACAGAUUUUCAAGGUGAAGCAUUUGAUCGGUGGCGACGAAAACGUUUAGCCUGGCUUCGGAAAUGUGGUAUCAAUGCUAUGCCAUGCAUCCUACUCUUCGAUUCGUAUCCUACUCAAACUAGAAUUACGAAUUUGCAUACUAUUCGGAAUUAUUUGCAGGCGGAGUGGAUUACUCGGAGGUCAAGAGAAGACGGCCUUCUACACUUCGACAAAGACACAAUCCGUGGAUUCAGUCCUCGAGUGCCCAUACAGAGUAAUCUCGUCGACUGUGGAAUAUUUCUGCUUCACUACAUUGAGAUGUUUUUCAAGAAACCUGUACAAAGCUAUACAAAACAAUAUUUUCAAAAUGAAAUGGCCAGUUGGUUUCCAGGUUCUACUGUCAGUGAAAAACGAACUCUCAUACACGAUCUCAUGGUGAGGCUACGCGACAGUGUCGUGAGUGAGUGAGUUAGUGAGUGAGUGAGACAGCCAAUGAGCCAACAGUUUUCUGCUUCAAGGCAAAGCAUAUUAUUCUUUUGUUUUGUUAAUGGGGCUGACCGACCGAGCAUCCGGUCAUUUUUUGUAUAUAUGUAUAUAUAUGAUAUUAAAUAGUGUUCUACUUCUGGUGUGUUCUUUCAAUGUCGUCGUGGAUUUAGAAGAACAUUGUGUAUGCCGCCGCCGCCCAGCCAUAGAUAAUAAACAAAUCAUGCGAUCUCAAUUAUUCUUUACUAAUGUGAAAUAAUGUGAAAACAAACUCUUGUACACUGUUUUUGUGUUUUAUUAUUUUUGUUAUUGCAAGGAAAAAUUCUUUAAUAUUAUCUUUCUUGACUUUUAUACCUACCUUUUUUGAUUUUUCCUAGUUGAAAUGUAAAUAUCAGAAUAAAUGAUUCCUUUGUGUAUGUAGGUGGUUGGUUACACUUGUUGAAAUUUGUACGGUUUCACUUCUCUCUCUCUCCGUGU